AUGAUCCGACUACUAACCUCUUGCUGGUCUCGGCUAAGGACAACUGAGGAGGCACCAAGGAAUGUAACCAUCCUCUUCGUUGGCUUGGACAACUCGGGCAAAACCUUUCUUGUGGAGGCGUUCCAAAGAUUACUUCCUCGGAGGACAUACAAAUGUACGCAAUCAGGACUGACUACACUCCUGUUAGAUGAAUGUAAAGUUUCCAUCUAUGACCUGAAUGGAGAUUGGAAAGGCCGAGAAACGUGGCCCAACUACUAUACACGGGCACAUGGGUUUGUUUUUGUCCUGGAUUCCAGCGACAUGGGACGCAUGCAGGAAGCCAAGAUCAUCUUAACACGUCUGCUGUCUGAUAAGAGAGUGGCAGGGAAACCCAUCUUACUCCUGGCAAACAAACAAGACAAGAAGAAUGCCCUCCUACCUCGUGAUAUUAUUCAAUAUCUACUCCUGGAAAGGCUAGUGAAUGAGUAUGAUUCCCUGUGCAGAGUGGAGCCAUGUUCAGCCAUCCAACAUCUCCCAAGGAGGAACUAUCAACCCAUAAUUACAGGGCUGCGCUGGCUAUUAGCUGUCAUUAAAGACAAACAUGAAGAGCUAUGUACUCGCCAAGAACCACCCACCUCAAGCAUCCCAACCUCCAGGCAUUCCCAAAGAUGUGGAGAAAGAUGCUCAUCACACAGCAUCUGUACCAGAAUGAGAAUAUCCAAAGAGAAAAGACAGCAUCUAGGACAACAAUCAAUGGAAGCUAGGCCCCUAAAGUCAAUCCUACAGAAAGAAGGCAUAAGAUUCAGGAUUAAAAAGAAUACAUCAGUAACAUUUGCUAUAGAUGAACCCACGAAGGAAGGUGAAUGUUCUGGGAAAAAUAGAGCUAAAAGGACUACUGAGCUUUGCUAUAAUCGAUGCAAAGACCUACAGACUCCAGCUCUGUAUAAUGACGGUAAUCUUUUUGAAGGCAAUGUUGGAAUUCAGGGCAAAAAAGAGAACGGAUACCUGGGAUACGAAGAAGACGUUACUGGAAAGUAUCUGUGA